CAUUGGCCCGGCUAGAGAUUCCCCUCCGGCACCCGACAAUUGCAGAGUAACACUGACAGGGGAUAGACCUAACAUGCUGCUGUGUGUUUCUCUGCACAGCAGAGAAAUACACAGCAGCAUGUCUCCAUAGUAAAACACACACAGCACAUCAUUUUAAACAGCACACAGUUAACCCUUUGAUCACCCCACAUGUUAACCCCUUCCUGCCCAGUGUCAUUAGUACAGUGCUUUUUAUUAGCACUGAUCACUGUAUUAGUGUUAUUGGGAUGUCAGUGGCAGUUGGUUAGUUCCCCCCCAGUGUCAGAAUGCCCACUGCAAUCC